UUGAAGGUCAAUGGACUCGUUUGUGCUGGCAAGAGAAUGUUCGAUGUUCUAGUCAACUCUGAAAACGAAGGGGCCGACCGCAUGAUCGAGAAAUACUACGAGGAGUGUCAACUUCUGUCGAGUCUCCGUCAUCCCAACAUUGUCCAGUUCCUGGGCAUCUGUUUCCUGGAGACCCAGUCUGCCUCCACUGUCAACCUCCCUGUUCUGGUCAUGGAGAUGCUGCAGGGAAGUCUGGACCACCUCCUGGAGAGCACUCCCGACCUUCCCCUCGCCAAGAAGGUCUCCAUCCUGCAGGACGUGGCCAGGGGGCUUGUCUACCUGCACAGCCGCAGUCCAGCCGUCAUCCACAGAGAUCUGACGGCCAGGAACGUCCUGCUCAACUCGGCAAUGGUGGCCAAGAUAGCCGACAUGGGUAACUCACGGAUGGUGGACAUGCAACCAGGCCAGCUGGCAAGGACCAUGACACGAGGAGUGCCUGGUACUGCAGUGUACAUGCCUCCAGAGGCCUUUGAACUGCCUCCCAAGUACGGGCCACAGUUGGACAUGUUCUCGUUUGGUCAUCUGGCCCUCUUCACGGCAACCCAGCAGUUCCCCGGAGACCUUCUACCCUCCACCUACCAAGACCCACGUUCGCGUCGACUGGUGCCACGAAAUGAGGUGGAGCGACGCAGCAGGUACAUGGAGAGUGUUGGAAGGAUCCUGGGCAGGUCUCACGAGCUGGUCCAGCUGAUCACUCAGUGUCUGGACUUUGCUCCGAUGUCAAGACCCACAGCCUCAGAGGCCAUGGGCAGACUCCAACACAUCAGCUCCAGUAUCCACGAUGUCUACCACUCCAUGACACGUCUUCAACUGGAGAAGGCUCUUGCUCAGUCAGACAUUAGGAAAGAUGCAACAGAGUUCGUGUUAAUGCAAGGUCUGGAGACACUGGAGAGUAAACUACUGCUGGAACUGAAGACGGUGAAUGGAGCCAUACAGAAACAGCUACGAGGGCUUAUUGGAGCACACUAUGUGAAUUUUAAUGGAUUGAUGUACAAUACAAAGAAGGGAGCUGUUGGGGGGAACACAAUUGAGGUUCUAAUCCUGGCAUCAGUAGGUGACAAGUAUCCGGCUGAUUUGGUAGCCAUUCAAAGGAUCGGAGAUACAUCUCUGACUGAACAGGCCACAAAAAAGUUUGGUUUACUCCCAGUUGAAGUACCAGGUCUACAUAAAGAAACUGCUGCAGAUCUAAUGGCUGCUGCUAGCACUCAAAUGAACAGUCCUAACAUGUCAGUGGUCCAGAUACUACUAGACAUUCCAAUGGUGCAGAGAUCAAAGCAGUUCUACCUCAAGAAGAUCGAGACAUUCUUUCAGAAUUGCAAGGAACCUGUUGCUUUAGUGCACUAUCUGGGCAACAGUGAGAAAACUACAGGGAACUGGUGCUUCAAAGAUGGCACCAUCAGCUUCCAAGAGAUCUUCAACAUCUACAGAAGACAUCCCUCAGUCAAGUGCCUUGACAUUCAAACAGACUGUAGCUACUCGGGUCAGUGGGUGAGGAAGUGUGCAAAGACACUAGACAGUCUCCACAUCCCUCCAUGUGGACACAGAGCCAGGGAGAAUGGAGCCCUAGUCAGGGUGUUUCCAUCUUGUCGGCCAGACCAAGAGGCUGCAGAGCCCGGCUACUCCGUGGAGGGAGUUAAAGUAAAGGACGAUGCAUCAAUAACUCAUAGUUUGAAGCAACUGACUCAUCAAAAGCCAUUAGUGCUUAACAGCACAAAGCUGGUUUGCUGCAGAGGCCCAUACUCUCCAUGUCCCAAGGCCACAUUCCAACACCUGACAUGGGAGAAUGCAGUGGACAAGUCCACCAACCUACAACUGGUCCAGAGAAGAGAGGGGCAAAGGGAUAUGUGGUACUACCUCCUACUGCAUCGAGCAGGAGACGUCUAUCGUGAGGAGUUCCAGUCUCACUACAGGAGAGAUCCCAGUCUACGACUCAGUGACUGGGGCUACAUACUGGAGUCUGGGGAGGGAUGUAAUCCCCCACAAGAAGUCAAGGAGAAAGUUAAAAGAUGGAUACGCACUUCUAGAUAGU